CGGAAGUGUCCUGUUGCGUGCUGAUUGAAUAGUCUUACAGGGACACGUUACAAUCCGCCACACCCCCUCCCACCACUAGAUGUCACAAUCACACAGCAACGUCAUCAAAGGAACGUCACAAGGCGCUGUGUGCGAGCAGGUAGGGGAUUGUCUAUCCUCCCGGGGGAUAGAGACCGCCUGUAUCAUCCCAGUAGCCCAUGCUGGGUCUGACAUGGUGCUGCAUGCAGGGCUCCUGCCUAUUGACUUAUUACACUAGUGGAGUUUUGGAAAGUUCCAUGUUAUUUCUGUUAUUGUUACCUGUAAGAAGUGUUAUUUCUUCAUCCUGGGCUCCCUGUUGUGAUCAGUGUCUGCCUUGCAAUUGGAGACCUAGUGAUUGAGUGAAAUUAUACUAUUACUUUUUACUUGAUGUGCAUCUCGGUCUUAACCUCUUACUAUUUUAACAUUGCCUUAAUGAAGUGGUCUGGGUGCCUGGUCCAGCUAGGUUUAACCUUUUUUUUUUUCUAUAAACCUAGCAGUUUCAUAGAAACUGCUAUAUUUAUAAUAGGGUUAAUCCAGUCUCUAGUAGCUGUCUCAUUGACAGCCGCUAGAGGCGCUUCCACGCUUCUCACUGUGAUUUUUCCCAGUGAGAAGACGCAAGCGUCCAUAGGAUAGCAUUGUGAAUUGGUUCUUUAAAUUCUAUAUCUCCGAUUGGGCUCAGGUUUACCAAACAGUGUAUUUUCUCAAUAUUUAAUUUAAAAGCCAAAUUGAAAAAUGUUUGUCAAAAUAGUAAAUUUUGAAAAUAUUGUUUAGUUUUUAAGUAAAUAUGUUACCUAAAGGAAGUGUGCAGAAAAAUGCUAUAUGGCUAAAUACAUCAUUCAACAAAAAACAAAAUAGGUGAAAAAUACGUACAUCUUGUUUGUGCGUUGUCACUUAAAGGGAUACUACAGGCAUCAAAACAACUACAGCUUAUUGUAGUUCUAGUGCAGGGAUAGGCAACCUUCGAGCUCCAGAUGUUGUGGAAUACGUCCCCCAUAAUGCUCUUACAUGCACAAUGCUGAUAAAGCAUCAUGGGAGGUGUAGUCCAAAACAUCUGGAGUGCUGAAGGUUGCCUAUGCCUGUUUUAGUGAGUAUAGCCUGUCCCUGCUGGAUUUUUAAUGUAAACACUACCUUUUCAGGAGGGGGGCUUCCUGGGGCAGUACUGCACAGCAUGCAACACUGGCAUUCAUCAUCUCCAUGCUCUGCAUGGAGGCGCUGAACAUUUGAAUGAUUCAAUGCAACUUUAUGAGGAGAUGCUGAUUAGUGCAGCGUGGUGUUUUGGAUUGGCUGAAAUCAUCAAAUCUGAUGAUCUCAGCAAAGGAGGCGAGGCCAGAUGUGAGGAGUCCCAUGCGGCGCUUGAAAAAGGUGAGUAAAUCUUCUAUCUGACCUGAGGUAAGUGGUCCGACCACCUAAACGGUGGUUUUAGAACUAUAGUGUCAGAAUUACACAUUUGUGUUCAUGACACUAUAGUGCCCCUUUAACUCGCUUUAGAAGUUUCUAUUUCCUCCUCUAUAAGUUUAACUUUAAUCACACACAGAAGGCUACUGCAGGGCCUAGAAGGCUAUUACCAGAGCAGGAGAUAAGAACUUUUAAAUUUAAGAGCAAUAAAAGAAGUUUAAACAUUAGAUCUUUCUUUACUGGAAAUGUUAAGGAAACUGCAAGUCACAUUCAGGGAGAUGUGACUAGGACUAUAUAAACAAAGUGAUUUAGCUUGGAAACGGCAGAGAAACGAGCAGUGAGACUGCAGGGGCAUGAUCUAUAUACCAAAACUGCUUCAUUAAGCUAAAGUUGUUUUGGUGCCUAUAGCUGAUUUAGAUAAUUCUACAACUUAUAGUCACAGCAUGGCUUCUUUGGCCUCAAUUUUGGAAUUCGGACUCAAAUCGGUAAAUGAUGGUAUAUACCAUGUUUUAUUUUUUAAUAUAAGAUGUAUGUACUCAUAACACAUUUUGCCUGAAUUUAGAAGAAAGAAAUAAAAAUACCAGUACAUACUAUAAUUCCAUUCAGUUUGUGUGUGUGUAUACCAUAAAAAUCUUUUCCCGCAUGAGGUCAGGAGCCACCCAUUUCAUGAAUGGAGGGCAGCAUUAAUCUAUAUAGGUAAAAAUGUAAUAUACUAAUGAUGAUAAUAGUGGUAACAGCACUAGACACAGGAAAGGAAACUUUCUUAAUUUUGAUCUUUUUGAUUACUUAUGUGGAAUUGCCAUAUAGAAGGAUAGCACAAUAAGGAGCUCUAUACUACACAGCUGACAGAUCAGAAUUAAGAAAAGCUCUUUUCCUCUCCCCAUGUCCCUUCCUUUUCUCAUUCAAGUCACAUUUUCCCCAUGUCCCUUUCUUUCCUUAUGCAUGUCAACUUUCUCCAUGUGCCCUUCUCUCCCUAUCAGUCUCUUCCUCCUCUCCCUAUCAGUCUCUUCCUUUCUUUUCAUUAUUGAGUUUCAUUGCUUUAACCCUUUUUAGCAUGGUCUCCCUUAACUGCCACUCUCAUUUCUGCUCACAUACACAUACAGACAUUUAUACAGAGACACGUACACAAUCAUACAGACACAAUUACAAUACACAUACACACACCUAUACUGGCACAUAGUUAUACAUAAACACAAACACACUCAUGCAGACACAUAGUCAUACAGAGACCUAUACACACACUCAUGCAGACAUACAUAUAACACACUCAUACAGACACAUAAAUUAUACAAACAUAUACACACACUCAUGCACACAUUUAAAUUAAGUAAGGGAAAUUCCAUGAACAUCGGAAGGUAAGAGUGACACCUUACUUGCUGGGAGGUUGUUGGUCUUUGGUGCAUAAGUUCAACACAACGCUUCCUUACGGCCUGCUCUGUACUCUAUAGUGACAUCACGCAUAACUACAGUCCGAGUUGCCGGGGGCAGUGUGUAGAAAUCGGAUGUAUGAUGCGGCAUGGCAUCCCAUAAUUUGCAGCAAUUCGCUGCUGGGCCAGCUAAUCGCCCCACUGGGCCUGAACAUGUACUUAUAUAGUGAUAGUCGCUAUAUACAUACACAUGGAAUAUAGGAUGCAAGCAGUUUAAAGAAAAAACAAAAAAACAUUCAAUUUUCUGAAAAAAAAUAGAACAUGAUAUUUUAUAUGCCCUUAAAGAUAUGUAGUUUUUACAUCUAUUAGACAGGAGCAAUAGUGCAAAUUAGUAAAGUCAUCCCCAACCUCUAGUACACCAGACUGUGGCAAAAGCCUCUAAACCCCUCCCCCUCCCCCUCCCCCAAUAAAUAUGGCAGCACUAACAUGAGUAAUACCCAAGCUAACCAGAGAAAGGGAGUAAGAUACAUAAACCAUAAAACACAAAACCUCUUUACCAGAAUCUGCAUCUGCCGACGACUUUUAGGGAUAUUCACUAAUCUGAAUUUUUACUAACUGAAAUUGCAAAACUGAGGCAAAAUAGUUGAUAUAAAAAAAAUUCUCCAAUCCAACCAUAGUCACAGGUUAUUUUUGCCUCAAUUCUGCCAUUUUGAUUUAAAGGACCACUAAAGGCACCCAGACCAGUUCCUCUCAAUCAAGUGGUCUGUGUGCAGUGGCCUUGUAGUGUAAACCAUGCAGUUUUAUAGAAAGUGCAAUGUUUCAAUUGCAGGGUUAAAACAUCUUUAGUGGCUCUCUUUCUGGCAGCCAUUAGAUGCACUUCCACGUAGAGCAUCAUUUGAUUGGCACAGUUACUGCGCAUGUACAUGAGUCUCCCCAUGUUUCUCAGCCAAGGAGGCAGAGCAUCAGGCCAGACACUUGCAUGAUCUUGCCUUUCAAACCCUCACAGGCUCCAGGGGGUGUUAAAUAGCUAGAUUAAAACAAUAGAAACCGUGUAUUCCCAUUGCCCUAGUACUCCUUUCAUUUGUGAAAAUUCCAUGCUUGGUGAAUAACCCUGCUUAUAGGACCACUCUAGGCACCCAGACCACUUCAGCUUAAUGAAGUGGUCUGGGUGCCAGGUCCAGCUAGGGUUAACCCAUUUUUUAAUAAACAUAGCAGUUUCAGAGAAACUGCUAUGUUUAUUAAUGGGUUAAGCCUUCCCCCUAAUCCUCUAGUGGCUGUCUCAUUGACAGCCACUAGAGGCGCUUGCGUGCUUCUCACUGUGAUUUUCACAUUGAGAGCACGCCAGCGUCCAUAGGAAAGCAUUAUGAAUGCUUUCCUAUGUGACCGGCUGAAUGCGCGCGCAGCCAGCCGACGGGGUGGAACGGAGGAGGAUCGGAGGAGGAGAGCUCUCUGCCCAGCGCUGGAAAAAGGUAAGUUUUAACCCCUUUCCAGAGCCGGGCGGGAGGGGGUCCCUGAGGGUGGGGGCACCCUCAGGGCACUAUAGUGCCAGGAAAACGAGUAUGUUUUCCUGGCACUAAAGUGGUCCUUUAUGUCCAAUUUGAAGUGUUUGAUAAAUGUAGACAGUAACCAUGUAGCUGCAUGGCAAAUGUUGUCAGGAGAAACUUGUGGUGCAGCUGAGUAUGAUACUAAAACUACCCUUGUAGAAUGAGCUCCUAACCCCGCUGGGACAGGGACUAUUUUUUUUUUUUAUUAUUUUUUUUUAAUUUGUAGGCCAGUGCUGUGGAUAUCCAUCUGAGAGUGGUUGUAGAUAACAUUCUAUUUUUAAAACUUUAUUUUCAUAUUUUAUAUCAUUCAAAUAUACAAAAGAAUAUCCAUUGACAUAAGAUCACAUUUGUACAUAAUACAUACUAUUUUAUAAAGUUUGAUCAUUAUGUAUCCUUAGAACACCAUAUAUAAUCAUACGACCUAGACAUAAAAAAAUACUGCAUUGAAUGCUCCAGGGGAAAAUAGAGGGAGAAUCUCUUUUGUGUGUGUCUAUAUCUCUCACUCUCUCUCUCAAUAAAUUGCUUCUCUACUGACCUGUUAUUUGGUGAGUGAUAUCAGAUCAUUCUUAUGUCAUCCCAUUGGAAGGAUGGACAGAGAAGGAAGUCUCUAACCAGCUGGUCUGUUGAGAUAGAUGGAGAAACAUUUGACUAUGUCUAGCUCCUUGUGAUUCUCUUCCAUUGGAUAGAAAGCUGAAAGGAUAAUGUCCUGGUUGACGUGAUGGGUUGAAAUUGCCUUAAAGAAGGCUUUACACAGGAUGGAGGAAGGGCAGUGACAUGGAGGGGAUUGCGCCUAAAAGGCUUAUACGAGCUUUUUUUUAAGAAAGCUGGACUGUGCCUGCAUUAGUAUCUAAUUGAGAUUUCACAAGAGGAUACAACAAGCUAUUCUUGAAAUUAAUGAGCCAGCCAUGAUUCUAAAUGUUUCUCUUUAGAUCUGCUUUAGAUAAGGCCAGAAAGAGGAUAUCUUCAAGUUAAUGAAAGAUGGGUAAUCUCUGCAGUCUGAUUUGUGCGUUUAAAGGGAAGCUGUCACUAAUUACACCUUUGAAUAAAACAUUGGAAGUCAUGUAUAACUUGUGUUCACCAUUUUCUUUUUUUAAUUUCUUUUUGUUUGGAUCCAUUGUCUUUUUUUCUUUCAAAUUUAUAUAUAUAUAAAUGUUUAGAAAAUUACAUUGUAAUCCAAUUCAGACAAGAUUAAGCUAGGGCAAACAUUUCAAUUGAAAAGAAGAAAUAGAAACAUUGUUUCUUGUCUCCUCUUCAAUGUAUGAUUUCACUAUAUACAAAGGACAGAGCAUGAAACAAUGAUUAACAUGGACCUAAGAUGGAGGUGCACAUUUGCAGUAGGUGUGGAUUUUUCAUUUAAAUUUUAUUUUUCACACCACACAAAAUAAAUGUGAUAAAUAAAGAUAAAAUGGAAAAAUAAAAUGGUUAUCACUCUAGCCAAAGCAGAAUGUCAGAACCUUUAAGGAUAUAGGGCAAUAUGAAUGUGGAACUACACAAUUCUCAGAUUGUCCUAAACCAUCAAAUCUAGAGAAAACACAGCUAUCUUUACAAGACUAAAUAUCCUAUCUUGAAUCUUUGUUAAUAUGGAAGUGUUAAAGAUGCACUUUAAAGGGACAUGUAUCACUUUGAUACAACUGUCUCACUCAAAAUCAUUUGCAUUGAAUAAGACAGUUGCCUUGCCACAGGCUGAAAAAAAGUAGGUACAUAUGAUUUUCUUUUUUUCAUGUUUACCUGCUACUUCUUUAUUAUGCCCACUCCAGAAUAGAUGUAACCAAUCAGUGUCCUAUAUCUGCAUUGGGCAUGCCCGGCAGAUUUACACAUGUACAGUUAGAAGAUAUCUUCAACAUGCAAUAUCCUGACAGAGGAAGAAGAGAGGGAGUCUGAUCCUGACCACAUGCAACUCUACAUCUGUAUGUAGUGCAGAAGUGGCAUGUGAUUUCUUUGAUACAGCUUUGAGAAAUCUGUUAUCACCCACACCCAAAGAUAUUUCAUCUGAUAUUUGCACCACCUAAAGGGGAAAAGUUUUGUCAGAUCUUCAUUCUCCCCCUAUGGUACUGUUAUAUGUAAUACCUCACACUUCGUAGAAUUCAACUUGAGGUCGGAGAGGAAGCAAUAUGUUUUGAAAUUCGGCCAUCAAAUUCGACAAAGUUAUGCAUGGUUGUUCAAUAAAGAACAUAUCAUCAGCAUAUGCCGAUGUUUUGUGUUUAGCUCCAUCAUGCCAGAAACCCAUUUGUAACGGAGCUCCUUGUACUCCGACUGAGUACCCUCCGUUGACGGAUGCUCCUAGCGCUUCCUGAGUACUCCAAGCGCUGCAGCAGACACCACAACCACCGCAGACCCCGCAACCGCCGUAUCUUGACUGGAGUCUCGCCGUCUUCCUUCCACCCUGGAUCAGCUUCUGUCCUCCAGGACUGUGUGGGAAAGAACUCUUCCUUCCACCCUGUAUGAACCUCCAGCAUCCAGGACUGUGUGGUGAAGACCCCUCCUCCAAGGAGAGCGUGUCAGGAACAAGCUCUUAAAAGAGCUAAGUGACUCAAGCUCAGGGGAGCAUGCAGAGCAUAGCAAUCCCCAGUGUGAUUAUAACAGCUCCCUCCAAUAACGAGACAAGGCUACGUUUAGAGGGAUCAAGAAGAACUGUCAAAACCUUUAUUUCCCUUGGGACCAGCCAAUAGGGUCACCACAAUAACAUUGUUGUGAAACCUCAAUGAAAUCACAAACAGUCAAACCAUAUCAAGCAACACACAGUGACUUAUCACAACACAAUGGCACAUUUUUAACGGGGUGGGGGGAGACAAUAUUUAACAGUAAAUAUCUCACCUGCCUGCAGAAUUAGCAAUAUGCAAAUCUACCCGAAUAUGCAAAUGAACCAGUCAAUUCCUCUGUAGGCAGAAUGGUGACAUGAGUCACUAGAGAGUCUGGGUGAAAGGCUCCUCCCUCCAUGAUGGAGUUCAGAGCUGCCAUUAUAUGGGGCAGCAGGAGGUUCUGAAAUUUUUUAGUACAAGAGUGUGAACCCAUCAGAACGGGAUGCCCUUCCAUUUUUUGCUUCUUUGACUAUCUCCUACUCCAGGAUUCCCACUGCAUACAUAUCUACUAGACAGCCACUAGAGGGCACUUCCGUGUCCAUAGCACAAGAAACCUGUGCUAGAGCAUUGCUGGACGUCCUCACGCUGUGUGAGGACCUCCCGCGCCUGUCAAUUCCCCAUAGGAAAGCAUUGAAAAGCAUUUUCAAUGCUUUCCUAUGGAGAGCUCUAGCCGCGCAUGCGCAUUAGGUUUCCUCAGCCGACGGGUGGGAUCAAUCUCGCCCACCUGCUGACGUAAUCACUGGGAGGAGCGGCGGCGAGAAGAAACCACCGCCGAGGUUUCAGCUACUGGGGGAUGGGUGGUGGGAGGGAGAGGGGACCUGCAGUGCCAGGAAAACGGAUUGUUUUCCUGCCACUGUAGUUUCCCUUUACGAUCUCUCCCGAGAAUUAGAAUGCCUUCAACAAAGUUGGUUAGUUUACAGAGAACUUCUAAAAAGGAAAUUAGUUUGUUCUGUAUUAGGGGCGUAUACGGUGGCGAAUAUAUCUGAUCUGCCACUCUAUCAUUGACAAAUAUCAGCCAUUGGUAUCUCUGAUCGUUUUUGUAUGUUGAAAAUUGAAGUUGAAUUCCCAUCAAGACUCAAUUGAAAGGUUCCAAAGUUUGCCUUCCUCUUAGAAAAAAACCAAAUACAAAAAUAAAAGUCCUGCGCUCACUCCCGUCACCCCUGGGCGGCAGCAAUGACUUCAGUACACAUCAGCUAAUACAUAUAGUAAAAACCAAAGAAAAAAGUUACCUGCGCUCUCUCCUUAAUCCCUAUGUAUAUUUAAACAAAUGGAGGUCAGUUAGUUAUGGCCAUUGGAGGGAAUGCCCGCCAGCCAACAUCAAGGCAGACCCCCUGGACGGGGUCCUACUCUGACCCUUUUCCUUGCUUCCUUGAGCUUCUGGCAAAACUAUAUCUCAGAGAAAGAGAGGGAUAUUUUUUAAAUACACCCCUAUAUACUUGUUAAUCCUUAAUAGGGAACACAUGGGAUGGGCGGCAGCAUUGUAACCUAGCUGUGUUAUACGAAAAGUGAAUACAAAUACAAAAAGAAAAGUCCUGCGCUCUCUGAUCGUUUUUGUAUGUUGAAAAUUGAAGUUGAAUUCCCAUCAAGACUGAAUUGAAAGGUUCCAAAGUUUGCCUUCCUCUUACAAAAAAAAAAGACAAUCCAGAUAUCCUAGAGAGAUUCUCGAUGAGAUUAACAUUUUAGAAGGCCUACAGAUUACCUCAGGUGGCUACAAUUCCAAAGAAACUUCAUAAAAUUUUAAAAGACUGGUCUUCCAUCCUGGCAAUCGUUUUCUUCUGGCCAAAUUACAGCUGGUUCUCUUCCCUACUCCAUCUAGUCCAUAGUGACAGAGCCAUGGGAGCUUUCUGUAGCACAAUAGAUGUUGGAAAACAAGAACGUACCAGAACCCUUUAUGUAAAUAGAAACACUUUCAAACUAAGGGCAUGGAAGUUGCAAGGGUUGAUCAUUUUGGGGAAAGGUAUUAAAGAAAAUGUUGUUGACAAGAAAAUCUAGCUUAAAAAUAUACUUGCGUGUCUGGAAUAAAUUUCUGGCAUGGCGUCGUCAGAAAUUUUUUGACUCCUUCAGUCCUCUUAAUCUAGGAAUUCUAGAAUUUCUUCAAGCAGAUUGCAAUUUAGGUAUCUUUCCUUCCACUCUGAAAGUCCAAAUCUCUGCACUUUAUUUUUUCUCUUGCCCAGGAUUUUGCCUCUAAAGCAUUUAUUAGAAGAUUUUGAAAGGUUACAUGCCAACUUCGUCCUCCAGAGCAUUCUCAUAUUCCAGUUUAGGAUUUUCUCUGGUAUUGAAUGUGUUAUGCGCUGGACCAUUUCAACCUCUGGAAGAAUGUUCAUUAACCCGUUAAGGACACAUGACAUGUGUGACCUGUCAAGAUUCCCCUUUAUUCCAGAAGUUCAGUCCUUAAGGGGUUAAAACACAUUUUUAGUUGCUAUAACUUCAGCUAAAAGGGUUAGUGAAAUUCAAGCCCUUUCUCCACCAAGACAAGGUUGCUCUAAUUCCAAGGAUGUCUUUGUACAAAAGUUUUGAAUCAAGCAAUUUUAUUGCCAACUUUCUAUCAGAAUCCUACUUCAUCCACAGAAUCUCGUUUUUCAUUGUUAGGUUGUAAAGAAACCAUUGUCCAUUUAUCUGGCGUAAUUCAGAUUAUUUUAAUUAAUUACAAAGGGCAUUCUAAUGUUAAAGGAUCUAGAUGGCUAUUCAGCUGAUUUAUUCUACCCAAGGUGCUAUUCUCCCCUCCCCAAAGUUAGUGCUCAUUCUAUUAGAGCUAUAUCCAGAGGAUAUCUUCAAGGCUGCCACCUGGUCCUCUUUUCAUAUUUUCAUUAAACACUACAGGUUAGACAUCUUGGCCUCAGGGGAAGCGUCAUAGGUGGCGUAAGGUGUUGCAAGUAGACUCAUCUUAAAUUCCCACUCUUCAGGGAGUUUUUUGCUUUCUCCCUCAUGUACACGGGGGAAAACCUGAAAUCUUACAUUAAAUUAUUUUUUUCCUUAGUAUCAGCAGCAGUACGAAUAUGUCCUCCCUUCUUGAAUACAUUUUAAUACAUCUGCAUUAUAAUUGGUUGCAGUGUAUUUUUUACAGGUAUUUAUAGCCAAAAGGUGAAGGGACCACUAAGAUUUUUUUUUUUUUUUUAUAAUUCUUUAUUUUUGUAGUGCAUACAGUUGGAACAAUAAUGCUUGUGGUACCCCACCGGCAGUCCACUCGCUAAUUUCAACAACAAUAGAUACAGUGGGGAGUGAUUGGACAGUGCACAUUUUGAAUAUGGUAUAGACUGACAAAGUACAUUUCACAAGCUUAGGUAGUUCGAGACUAGGCUAGUAAUGACGCGUGAAGAGCAGAGUUUCAACGUUAAUGAACAGGUUAAUUAGGCAUGUUUAGCUAGUGGGCGCAGUGAGUGUGAGAUAUGAGCUGUCCAUGCUUAGUAUGUAUCAUAAGUGAUGUUCAGGUGUAAGUCUGUUUAUAUGCAGGUAUAUAUGUGUACACCUGGGCUUGCUUUCCUAACAUGUUACACAGGUGACUAAGUGAACACAAUGAGUUAAGUGCUUGUCAUACAAUAGCAUGGGUAGACAGAACAGUGCUAGGGGAUAAGUCUGGCCAACAGAGCUAAUUAGUCAAGGUGGUUGCUAGCUAGGAGUGGUUAUCGGGACACAGAGCUAUUAACACCUCUGUGUUCUGUAAUCGUGGAAAGAGGGUAGCACUGACAUUGAGAAUAACAAGAGUCUUUACAUUGCUGGAGAUGAUCUUGCUGUGUGUUAGCAGGAGCCGCUUUAUCCAGUUGUCACCCAGUACCACCGAUGGGCUGCAGCAGGGCGUUCAGCAUUAGUGGGACCCCGAGAUUUUCCGGUCCAUGGACCUGUGAACCUCCCCACUGCACUCUGUCAUGUCUCCUUGUGUGGUGAGUGCUGUCUAGGCGAGUUCUGCUGCCGGCACUUCCAUGAGAGUGUGACUUGAUCCUGCUUGCAGUGUCCAUGAGCUUUACUGCCCUGUAGUAGACUGGUAUGAUAAUAGUGGGUGCUUUUCUCUUUGACUGCGUUGUUUUCCUCAUUUUUGAGCAGGCGUCAUCUUGAUCUCUCUGGCAGCUCGCGCACAUGGCCGGCGCUCGGCGGCCAUCUUGUGUACUGUCGCCCGGGUGAUGUUCCCUGCUAGGGUGGUUGAUUGGGCCAAGGUUGGUGUGCUGGUUGGUACCUCUGCAGACCGGGAUGACCCCCCCGGUCCGGGGGGGGGGCGGACGCGAACCGACGGCCAGGAGACCCAGGAAAGCGGCCGUCCCUUCCUGGCUCAAGCCCCAACGAACUCCGAGCCCGGCCGGGUUACUGUCGGUGCCGGACCGGGACCCAUGCGGCAUCCCCGCUUUCCCCAGUGACUGGGGGUCCUUGUGGACAUCUGUGGGACCCUCCGGUCGCGGUUAUCCUCCAAUUUGCUCAGGUUUUUGGGCCUUGGAGCGGGAGCUCAGACAGAACGCGUCUGAUCCCGUCGGCGGCCAGACCCCGCCCCCGGGACCACUAAGAUUUUAAAUUUUAUAGUAGGCUACUUGUCCCAUUCAGUCUGAACAUUCCUCACAUACUGUCAAUGAUACCAAGAAAAAACUAUUUACAGUAAGUAAAAUGUCUGUUUUGUUUGAUCUUCAGCCACCCUAUAUAUAACCAAUUAUGACUGCAAAAUGUUGUAAUUUAGCACCAACCAAAGACCACUUAUGUUUACAAAACAUUUCGAAUAACCAGGUUUUUAAAAAUGCAAUUAAAAAAAAAAAUAGUGGAAAUUGAUAUGUUUAUUUCCUAAACAGCAUAUUGUGGAAAAUUGACAAGCGAAUUGCAAAUUUAAGGGUCAAAGUAUUGUAAUAACUCCAACUUUACUUUUUUUACUCACCUUUGCUCAAUUGGCUUAACAUUUGCAAUAUCACCAUUUCUGCACAGUUCAUGGUAUAGUGAAUAACCCAGUUAUAUAACACCCCUUGUCAUGUCCAUUUUCUAAACAGAAUGGAAGCAGUGUUGAAAUAUUCAUCUCGUCAUCCCAAACCCGCUGGCCUCAGCCUUCAGUAUGGCACAGCUGGAUUUCGAACCAAAGCGGAACAUCUGGACCAUGUUAUGUAUCGCAUGGGUCUGCUAGCAGUGUUGAGGUCAAAGAAGACCAAGUCUGUUAUUGGAGUCAUGGUCACUGCAUCUCAUAACCCAGAGGUAAAGCAGUUUACAGCUGUAUCAAUUCAUUAUCCAUUCAAUCCGCAGACCAUGACAUUUGAUUAUUUAUUUAUUUUUAUUAUUUUUUUUUUGUCUGUUCAGGAAGACAAUGGUGUAAAACUUGUGGAUCCUUUGGGAGAGAUGUUGGUACAGGCAUGGGAAGUGUAUGCCACAAACCUGGCCAAUGCAGAGCAGCAGGAAUUACAGACGGUGAUGACUUUCAUAAUCCAGCAGGAGGAUAUAAAGAUGGACCAAAAGGCUUCUGUAGCUAUUGGGAGAGAUACAAGGUAGGCAGAACUAUGUUCUCUUUACGCAUUUGUCAUUGUACAUCCAGGAAAUAUGUUUUUAUUUGAAAUUUUAGAAUCUGCUUAUUUCCUGACCAAUCUCUCACCCCAUUCUCACAGCUGAAAUUGUACAUUGCGUCACUGCAGAGUAAUUUCUUAAAGGAUCACUAUAGUGUCAGGAAAACAAAGCAUUUUUCCUGACACUAUAGUACCCUGCACCUCAGAGUCCCCCUCCCGUGGCACUGAAGGGGCCGUGGCGCCUCCUCCCUGUCCAACAUCAAUGGAGCCGAAUGCGCAUGUACGGCAAGUGCCGCGCGUGCAUUCAAAGUGUCCAUAGGAAAGCAUUUCUCAAUGCUCUUCUCAAUGGAUGCGAAUUUCGCAUCCAGCGUUGCAGAUGCGCCUCUAGUGGCUGUCUUCCGGAUUAACCUUAAAUAUAAACAUAGUUUCUCUGAAACUGCUAUGUUUGCAUCUGAAGGGUUAAAACCUGAGGGACCUGGCACCCAGACCACUUCAUUGAGCUGAAGUGGUCAGGGUGACUACAGUGUCCCUUUAACUGUAUCUGACUUUUAUUGGGUUUGUGGUCCAUCACGAGUGAACUCAUUCCGGAUCCUAUUAAGCUGUGUCCUUCUUAGACCUUGCAUAGUAGAACUUUGGGCUGUUCCACUAACAGGAAAUUCUUAUUAAAAGGUAAUUUUGGACUAGACUAGUCCCUAGUUUCUGUUGUCUAUAUUUGAUAUGCAGGAUAUGCAACAAUUUGCUGUUCUUUGGCAAAGUUGCUUGAUUAAUGUAUAGAAAACUAUAAUAUUCAUCACUGGCAAGUGGCUAAUUUCCUCAGUACAUAUUGGAUAUAUUCAACAAAUACAAACUUUGUGAUGGUGGUGUUAUAUCACGAGUUGUUAGGCUUUGUUUCAAAAGGAGCAAAUUUACAGCAAAAUAUUAACUGCUUUAGUCUUUUCUUGAAAUGUACAAAAAGAGUAACCAAGUGGGCUACUUCUUGUUUAAGUUCUGAUGCAAGGCAGUCCCCUUCCUCUGCUUCCCUGCUCACCGUUGCUUAUUGUGACGAACUGAACCUCAUCACGGAUGCUUGGAGACCCGAUCAGGGCUAUCGGGGGGUGUAAAUUUUGUGGGGAUUUUGUGUAUUUAAAGGCGUUUUUGAGGUUUUGUAAAAAUUUAUGUUUUCUGUGCCUGGCGAUAAUUGUUUAAUACAGUGGCUGACUCCAUUAUCUCCCAGGCAUAAGGGAGGGAUUGACCUAUUUUGUAUGGGAGUGUCCUGGACUUGAAAGCCUGUAAUCGUAUAUAUGUUUUUACUGUAGUCUACUCUCAGGUCCAUGGGGGAGUGCCCCUUGCCUGGUGACCCGCAUAAAAGGCCAAUUGUGGCUGCCAUUAAAGAGAUACGUUUUCCCCAUCAUGAAGUCUAGGCUAAUGUUUGGGGUAUUGGAGAGCUAUAUUCACUCUGGGGAUUGCUAUAAUAACUAUACUCCCUUGGAUCACAACAAUUGCUCUUGUAAAAGCAGCCUGCUUCACUCUCUGGACUAGGAGCUGUCUACUCAUUGGAUUCGGGAUCCUGGUCUUAGGUCAAGGGUGGGUGGAGGACAGCAAAACCCCAACCAAGCUGCGGUGGUUUGUGGGGUUUAUGGUGGUUAUGGUGUCCCAGUGCGGUGCUUAUGGUGCUCGACAGUAAUAGGAAGCAGAGAUUGACGGAGGUACCCAGUCGGGGUGCCAGGCGGUCCGUCACACUUAUCAUUUGGAGUUUUAUUUAGGAGUAAACUCAACUUCGUAAAGACCAAAGGGUGGAAUAAUUCCAUUAUAACAAAUAAGCCUUUAAAACUCCUAUAUCAAAGUGUAAUCCCCUAUUAGUUUAUGGGUGGCAGGGCUGUAUAGAUCUGCAAACACAGCAUAACGGCAAAGAGUCUAUGGAAUCUAAGUGUGGUGACGGCAUGAGAUAUUAUUGAUCCUUAAGUAGUUAAGAAAACAUAAUGACAGGUAAUUUAACUUCAUUAUUUUCAAAGAACCAGUAUUAGAAAAAGAGAACAAUCAGAUCAGUUAAGGUGAAGGUAAAUUUGCUAAAAUGCUAAAAACAAAAUGUGGAUUUGGGUACAAGCCUACAAGGUAGGGUUUUAGAUCAAUACUUUCCCCCAAAACUUUAAUGGGGGGGCCAUGUUGAUUACUGGAAAUGUAUGAAAAUGUGUAGUGAAUGAGCUGACAUGAGACAAUAAAUGGCCCUGCAUUGAAUGGCAAGUCUUUAUGUAGGACUCCAUGUCAUGUUCUGAUUGCUCUCUUCAUCAUCUGUGUUGAAAUAAACAAUGGGGAAAAGAGUCAGUGCAACCACAACCUGAAUAACUAUCGGUUUUCUUUGGUUAAUAAGUGAUUGGGUACCCAACAUGUUCGCUGAUCAUUGCUUGUGAAUCUAAUUGGCUGCAGUCAUAGUGGAUUUUACCUAGAUGUUCAGCAGUUGUAUUAACUGAACUCUCUGCAUUGUAAUGGGCAGAGAACCAUUGACUACAAGAAAACAAAUCAAAAUGUACAGCAGCACUCUUUGUUCUUUCUUUCAUUUGUGUUUUUUUUUUUUUAAUCAUUUUUUUGUCAAUUGUGCCAGAAUGCUUAGGCCACAUUGGUGCUGGUCAAGGAAAAGAGAUCCAGAGGUACUCGGUGGAAAUGUGAAAAAAAAAUACUUGUGGUGUAUUCAUGUAUUUUUUUUUUAAUAUUUUUUAUGAGAAAAAUAUAUGCAGUUAUCUGAUGUGAUAUAGCCUGAUUGGGAAAAAAAUGUGUUCACUUUGGCAUUCAGAUUUAUAAAUGUGUGUGUAACCUGGCAUGGGGUAUACAUUGUAUGGAAUUGUGUUUUUCUCUUCUUACUUUCCUUUUUCUGCUUAAAUUUUUAGGCCAAGCAGUGAAAGUCUGUCCCAAGCGGUGAUUGAUGGAGUAACUGCCCUGGACUCCAAAUAUCAUGGUAUGCAUAUUCAUUUGUAACCUCAGUGCAAACCAACUGUGCCUUCCUUCAGGAUAAUUUUACCUCAGUCAGUCCUUACAUUGGCUUCCUGUAUCCUAUAGGAGUCAAUUCAAAGUGCUAACCCAUACCUAUAAAGCACUGAACAAUUCUAGCCCCUCUUAUAUCUCUUCACAGAUCCAUAAGUAUGUCCCUUCUCGGUCUCUCCGCUCUGCCCAUGACCACCUCCUGUCCGUUGUUUGCUCCCGUACGGCCAACUCAUGCUUGCAGGACUUCUCGCGGGGAGCCUUCCUUCCUAUGGAAUAGCCUGCCUACUGCCAUCAGACUCUCCCCUAGUCUUCAGUCAUUUAAAAAGUGCCUUAAAACCAUCUCUUUAGGAAAGCUUAUGGCCUCCAAAAGUAACCUCUUCCUCACAUACCUUUCUCUUGCUCUCUCCUAAAGGGCAGCACUCUACUCUCUCCUCCAGCUCUGCCUCACUCCCAACCUAUUUGAUUAUGAUUUCCUGUCCUAAUGUGUUUUAUAGCCCACCUCCUAUAGACUGUAAAUUAGUUUGGGCAGGGUCCUCUUCAAUCUAUUGUUCCUGUAAGUUUUCUUGUAAUUGUCCUAUUUAUAGUUAAAUCCACCUUCUCAUAAUAUUGUAAAGCACCGCGGAAUCUGUUGGCGCUAUAUAAUUGGCAAUAAUAAAAAAAAUGUAGGCAUGAAUUAAGAUGGAAUGUGUCAUUAUCAUUCUUUGUAGCUCUAUUGUGCAAUUUCUCUUUCAUUACUAUAUUUUUUAGACUAUGGUCUGGUGACCACACCACAGCUUCACUAUGUUAUCUGCUGCCGGAAUACAAACGGGGAAUACGGAGAACCAACGAUAGAUGGGUACUACAAAAAAUUGUCUCGGGCAUUUAAUGAGUUGGUCAAACAGGUAACAAGGUGUUCAUAAUAUAAUUGUUUUGUUUUUGGUUUUUUAAUUACUCCUAUUAAACAACAAGACAAGUAACGGUUAACUGUGUUACAAAUAUGAGUAAAAUACAAACAAAGCAAUAACCACAUACUGACAUCUGAUAUCUGCAUUUGGUCUUGAAGCCUAAAUAAUCUCAAUACCUCAAUAUAUGUGUACGUGCCUAUGUAUAUAUGUGUCUGUGUGCAUGUGUGUUAUGUAUAUUUUAAUAAAAAAUGCACAAAUAACCCAUAGGGAGGGUUUUUAUGCACUUCUGUCAUUCUUUUCAACAUUGUUUGAAGAAUUAAAGGGACUCUUUACCUCCAUGAUCACUUCUGCUUUUAGAAGGGGUCAUGGAGGAAGAAGUUUGUAUCUGCAAUUCCUCAGCGUCAAACACUGCACAUACAGAACCAUCAGCACUUUUGUGCUUGGUGCUUGUUGCACAACAGGCACGUGACUUGGUUCCGGACUGCCUUAUAUCACGUCUGCGCAAAAAUCCUUAAAUGGCUCCUUUGAUUAUUAGCUCACAGUAAUAAGUGUAGCCGAGUAACGAUAUGUCACUAAGACUGCUGCGCGCGCGCGUGUGUGUGUGUGUGUGUGUGUGUGUAUAUAUAUAUAUAUAUAUAUAUAUAUAUAUAUAUAUAUAUAUAUAUAUAUAUAUAUAUAUAUAUAUAUAUAUAUAUAUAUAUAUAUAUGAAAAAGAGUAAUCCAGGAUGCACUCACAGGUCUUCAUGCUGGUUAAAUGGUGCUUUAUUAAUGAAGAAAGUACAUACAGAAAUCGAUCGUUUUGACCCUGCCGGGUCUUUUUCAAGAUUCUUGAAAAAGACCCGGCAGGGUCGAAACGUCGAUCAAUUUCUGUAUGUACUUUCGUCAUUAAUAAAGCACCAUUUAACCAGCAUGAAGACCUGUGAGUGCAUCCUGGAUUACUCUUUUUCCUAUAUUUUGGACGCAUUUGGAUUUGCACCCAGACAAGAUUUAUUGUUAUUAUCUGCAUAAGGAGAGUGCCAAGCUGUCAUUUUCAAUAUAUAUAUUUAUAUAUAUAUAUAUAUAUAUAUAUAUAUAUAUAUAUAUAUAUAUAUAUAUAUAUAUAUAUAUAUAUAUAUAUAUAUAUAUAUAUUUUGAAAAGUAUCCUACUGUAACUAGUGAAAAGAUGCAUAGGCAUGUGCUUACGGCAGGCUGUAGAUUGCACAUCUAGAAAAUUGUAGAUCCUAGCUGUGAGCCAGCUAAAGUAACUUAAAGGGACACUAUAGUCACCUAAACAACUUUUAGCUUAAUGAAGCAGUUUUGGUGUAUAGAACAUGCCCCUGCAGCCUCACUGUUCAAUGCUCUGCCAUUUAGGAGUUAAAUCCUUUUGUUUAUGAACCCACACCUCCCUGCAUGUGACUUGCACAGCCUUCCAUAAACACUUCCAGCAAAGAGAGCCCUAUUUAGGCUUUUUUUUUUUUAAAUGCAAGUUCUGUUUAAUUAAGAUUAUCCCUUGCUAUGUUAAAAAGCUUGCUAGACCCUGCAAGAGCCUCCUGUAUGUGAUUAAAGUUCAAUUUUGAGAUUGAGAUACAAUUAUUUAAGGUAAAUUACAUCUGUUUGAAAGUGAAACCAGUUUUUCUUUCCAUGCAGGCUCUGUCAAUCAUAGCCAGGGGAGGUGUGGCUAGGGCUGCAUAAACAGAAACAAAGUGAUUUAACUCCUAAAUGACAGUGAAUUGAGCAGUGAAAUUGCAGGGGAAUGAUAUAUACACUAAAACUGCUUUAUUUAGCUAAAGUAAUUUAGGUGACUAUAGUGUUCCUUUAAUUACUUACAUAAGGUAAAAAUAAAACCAGUAUAUGAACUCUGGUAAACAUGCCUGAUAGAGUGAGAUAGAAAAAGCUGGUUAAAUCAACUGGUUGGAUCGUUUGAAUGAAAGUGAUAAGUGUAACCGAGUAACGAUAUGUGACAAAGACUUCUGCACAAAUUGGUGAGUAUAGGGUCACUGGGGCGGGGCCGGACCACCAUGCUGAACGGUCACCCUCAAGAGCAGCUCCUGCAAUCUAAUAUAUUAUCAGCUUAUAAACACUGAUUAAAUACCCACCCAAUGACUGGCAGCUGUGGUGAAGGCACUCUGGUACCGAGGCGAGGCUUGCCAAAGCGUUCUAGUCCCUUGGAGGGGAGUUCCUUGUCACCCCAGAUGAAGAUUACCCGGGCGGUGAGUGGGGUGGACGGCCGCUGCCCCGCUAUCCUGCCUACCAGUUCCUUGCCAAAAACACGAGGUGGAACUGGCCCUGUUCCUCCCACCCCUUGGACCGGUGGGGGUGAUCCCAGUCCAAGGGGGGACUGGGAUCACCCUGUGCCUCCUGUGAUUGUGAAGACACCUGCACCCCAGGCUGCAGCGGUGUUGACCCAAGGCCCAGAGACCGCGUUCAAAAUGGCGCAGACCACUAAGCUACAUGUGCCAAAGCGAGAACUGCCUCAACACUAGCGAAUUGCCGACUGACAAGAAAACUGUGGAUGUCUGCUCAGAAGACUCUACACAUCCACCCAGCCCGAUACCUACUACACAGACUCCACCUCAAAAUCGGGGCUCCAGCCAUAGGCCAAACAAGAUAGCAGCGGAAAAGCCAGAGACGAAUCAAGCCGACGCAUGCAGCACUGACAGGAUCAACAGAUGGCACGGUUUAUAGAAACAUAGAAUGUGACGGCAGAUAAGAACCGUUCGGCCCAUCUAGUCUGCCCAAUUUUCUAAAUACUUUCAUUAGUCCCUAGCCUUAUCUUAUAGUUAGGAUAGCCUUCUGCCUAUCCUACACAUGCUUAAACUCCUUUACUUAAACUCCUUUACUGUGUUAACCUCUACCACUUCAGCUGGAAAGCUAUUCCAUGCAUCCACUACCCUCUCAGUAAAGUAAUACUUCCUGAUAUUAUUUUUAAACCUUUGUCCCUCUAAUUUAAGACUUAUGUCCUCUUGUUGUGGUAGUUUUUCUUCUUUUAAAUAUAGUCUCCUCCUUUACUGUGUUGAUUCCCUUUAUAUAUUUAAAUGUUUCUAUCAUAUACCUACCCGAGAUUUUGGCUCCCAGUAUGAGACACCGCUCCAACAUCCCGGCUUUGCCUGCAAUACCUCCCUGAUUGCGAAGAGGCCACAACACUUUGGUCGACUGCCUGCAGAGGGGAGGCUGACCCAGAGGAUCACCAAGACCAUUCAGAGCUGCGACCUGUCCGCUGUGAGCACCGGCUAAGCCGCAAGUUGAACAUUGCCAUUUUGACACCUGCCUAGCACACCACCACUGCUUCGCACCUCACUCCGCAGCUUUCAAGCAUCUGCCCCGAUCUGUCACUCCAAAUAAGCAGCUCUAAUGCCACAAGAUCAUUGACUGUCAGCUUGAUGGCACGGGGGUACCAUGCGGUGGUAAAUUCUAUGGAUAUAUACCUAACUGUGUAACGCGUCUACUUAUUUUGAUUUUUAAUUUCUCCACUGGGUUUGCAUUAUUAUCUUGUUUUACACCUCUUUAAUAGCCUCUAUUCAGUCAGAAAGAUAAGCAUGUUUCUCCAGUAGCAUCCCCAUGUCUAGGAGAUUCAUUUAGCAAGCCUCAAAGUAGAGAUGUGUAAUGUAUGAUAUUCCUCUGUCUCUGCAUGGAAACUUUGCAACUACAGAUAGUCUAGUCAUGUUGAAAUACCUUGUUGUUUCUCAUACUUUAAAAAAAAAAUUUAAAAAAAUGGUGCAGUGUAAGGAUGCCAAGCAGCAAUGUACUCUGUGUACCUUUAAGAAUGCUUCUUAUAGUGUUGCUUACAUGUGCUGUUGUGGCUAUGUUAGCAUUUUUUUGUAUACACAUGCACUACAGAAAUAAAGAAUUAAAAGAAGAAAAAAAAAAAGAGUAUAGGGUCACCCAAAACUACCCUCUCAUCACUGCUAUAAAGUAAAAGAAUGGUUUGGUCCGCGCAGGGCCUUCAUCACAACCCAAGAAUGUCCAGCCAGCUGGGGGGGAAAAGCUAAUAGACGAAAAAUCAAACCAGUUCCUUCUAAAAUUAAUCUUUUUCUCACUUUGCACAUCACUUUGUUUCAUCCUAGUUCAUAUAUCUUACCUUUUUUUGAUUUUCAGGUUUGCAAUUUCAAUUACUUUGCAAAACUGUUGUUCAUUAGUUGGCCUCCACCUGCUUUUCCCUUCUGAUCUUUACCCUUAUUACCACUGAGAGUGCUUAAGAAUCAUCUAAAGCCAUCUUAAUAUACUCUUUACUGGUACAGAAAUUGGCCUACGUCCAGGAAAACCCAGUCGAAUAGUUAAAAUUACACAUUUGCACCAUCUUUAUUUUUCUAUUGAUGGUGAAAUUCUGUUACUCGUGUAUUCGUUCGGUGAUAAAAAUAUUGAGAUUUUUUUACAUUAUGUUUUAGGUUGCUGUCUGUGGGAAUGGACGCUUAUACUUGAAUGUGGAUGGUGCAAAUGGUAUUGGUGCUUUAAAGCUAAAGGAAAUGGAACAGCAUCUAAAUUCAGUGCUUUCACUUAAACUUUAUAAUGAAGGCUGCAAAGGGAAACUCAACUGUGAAUGUGGAGCAGAUUAUGUCAAAGUACAACAGAAACCUCCACAGGGUAAGGAGGCCGCUGCCUUAGAGUCAGGACUGGCUUUACAGUAAGUUUAUCUCAUUACUCUCCUUCCUGUCUCGUUCUAGGUAUUGAAGUGAAACCCCUUGAUCGUUGCUGUUCUUUUGAUGGAGAUGCUGAUCGAAUUGUUUAUUUCUACAAAGACCAUGGUGGAGUGUUUCACCUACUUGAUGGAGAUAAAAUUGCCACCUUAAUAAGCACUUUCAUCAAAGAACUGUUAGUGAAGGUAAAGGCUACUUUAAACCCAUAUCCUAUGUGUUCAUUGUGAAGACUAUAGGAGCAUUUUAUUUAGCUUUGUUUGCUGUAUCAACUGUGUAUGUACAGUAGAGUGGAUCAGUCCUUAUUUUCGGAGGUUCCUUUUAUUGACACAUUCAGCUUGGUGUUGAUGUUCCUUUGCAGAUUGCUAACGGACAUGCCGGUGUGUCUCUAUUGGCCCACACUCACUGGGGCAGUGUCUCCAAUGUUCUUGCUGGUACCACUUGUUUCCAUUGUGAUUGUUGCACUUUUAGACCACUUUAUAGAAAAGAACAUCUUGAUGAUCACCCCCUUUGGUUUUUGUUUGAAGCUUAGUCUUUUGAAACAUUGCUGAAUUCAGUCUGCUCUCUAAAGUCUUUACAGCUGAUUAACAACACAACCAAGAAUAAAUUCAUUUGAACACCCAAGAAACACAGUCCAGUUUUAUUAAAAUACAGAACAAAAAGAGAUAUGCACUAAAAUAUAUAUCACAAACCUUAAAUUUAAUCCCUAACUUUUAUUUUUAUUUACGCAGGUUGGCUUGAGUUUACAAAUGGCAGUUGUGCAAACUGCCUAUGCAAAUGGUAGUGCCACACGUUAUUUGGAAGAUGUUAUGAAGGUAUCUUAUUUUGGACUUAUCUGGUUUUGUUAACGCAUUUGGGGAUUCUGUUUGCUUCUUUAUCUAUGUGGAUCCCAAAUCCAGUGACCCUUAGAUAUGUUUGUAUCAAGAUCUAAAAUCCAUGGAUAUAGUGACGUGAUAAUUCGCUAUUUGUAUUGUAAAGAUUUGUGAUACUUGCUUAAAUAAUUUAAAAACUGGUGAUUUGUAUCGUUAUUUUAAAAAUGAGUAUAUCAAUGUGAUAUAAUGUGUAGGAAUAUUUCCUAAUUUUUAUUGGCACUUAUAUAAAACAAGUAUCAGGGGGGUGGGGCCUGACAGCCAACCAAGAUGGCUGCAUGUUGCUUGAGCUCUUAAGUGAAAACCAGAAUUGUCACGUUUAUACUGAUAUUGCUGCUGGUUUUCUGACCAAGGUAAGUCUCAGGUGAAUUUGGGUCAGCUCUCCAGUGCUGUAUCUUACUGCAGGAUGUGGCUGUGUGAAUGUAAUAGGCUGAUCUCCAACCUUAAUUUCUAUAGCAGAGUUGUUUUGUCUAAUUUAAAUAUGUCUCUCCAAACACAUUGGGCAGCAGUUUAGACUUUUUUUUUUCUUUUUUUGUGGUCUCAGAGUGGCACAUUUAAGCUUACGGAUUCAUUUUAUUCUUGUGUGUUCACAAAUGAGUCAUUAUACUCUACUUCACUAGUCAUUGGUGCCAAUUUCAUGCUUUGUUUUCAUGUAGUUACUUGUUUGGUACCAUUGCAUGUCUCAUGUAUGUGCUACACUCCUUAACCGACCUAUAAUGCUAGUUUCAUACCAGACCGUUUUCGUCUUAUCUAACCUAAGCUUGAAGCCUGUGUCUGGAUAUCUGAUAGGCAUUUGUUUUUUUUUCACUUUCUUUUUGAUUUCCUAAAAAUGUGCUAGUACAUGCCAUGCCACAGCAAUAUGCCAACAUGGGUCUUAUUGAAAGCUUGCUUUGCUGUUGUGGCUUUGCAAGCCUACGUGUACUCUAUUGCAUGAAAGAUAUAAAGAUUGACAAAAAAAACAAAAAACUUUUUUAUCAAAUCUUAUGUAAAAGAUUGUGUUCCGUCUUAAACUUCCUACAAUAAUGUGCUGUGUUUGUUGUAUGUUUUGUAAUAUGUAUAUAGAUGUCUCUGUGUAGCUGGGAGGAUGAUUUGUGAGCAGUACAGUGAUGGAUAGCAGCCAUCAUUAGCAUCCGUUAUGAGGUUUCCUAUGUUCUAUUCAGAGAAUGGUUAUAUGCUGACUUUUUACUACACCUGAAGAUAGACGCAGGAUACCAGGACAUUUCGCCCUGUUGGAUUGUUUUAAAGAGUGAUUUAUUGAGUCACAUCUGUCUCGUGCAAAACUGCAAUUUGAAAAGAUCUAAAUCUUGUUACAUCUCCUGUUCUUUUAAAACAGGUCCCUGUGUACUGUGCAAAGACUGGUGUAAAACACUUGCAUCAUAAAGCCCAAGAGUUUGAUAUUGGAGUCUAUUUCGAGGCUAACGGACAUGGAACAGUAAGCAUGAUUGUAUUAAUAUGUUUACAUAGUAAAUAUGGGGAAGGACGAGUGAUGGAUUAGUUCCUUGAGACUUCUCAGUAAAAUAAAUUCCCAUAUAGAUGGUGCAAUUAAUUGAAAGAGAGAUAUUUUGUAUAGGUAAGAUUGUCAGGAAUGUGACUUCUACAAAAAUGAAGGUAACCAAGUUUUAAGGAGUGAUGGUACAUGAAAGUGGUAUCGCACCAUUCUAUAUUACUCUGUAAAUGUAUGUUUCUCUUUGUGAAAACUCGCUCCACAGGCAUUCUCUGCUGCCAUUAUGACAUUUAGAAGCGGUAGAAUGUUUAACUAAAACAUUGACUAUAUAGUGUCUACUUACUAUGAAAGCAGUCUCUCUGCAGCUAUUUGAUUCUCUUAUAACCAGCAGACAGUAAGACGAAGCUUGUUGUCCAUUCCUACUCUCCAUUGAUCUACUUUUGAUAUAGUUAGCCAUGCCAACUGCCUCAAGAGAUGGGACCUUUCAUAAAUAUGUGUCCCGGAGCUGUAUUUAUAUAUAACUUCAUUUCACAGGUUCUGUUUAGCAAAACAGCAGAAGAUCAGAUCAGACAGCUGGCUAGUGAGGAGACCACUGAUGACAAAAAGAAAGCCGCUCAAACACUACAGAACACUAUUGAUUUGAUUAACCAGGUAAACCAUAUUUUAUACAGUCUUGUGUCUCCUUUCUUUUAUGUUUGUUUGUUUGUGCAAGCAAUUAUCUAAGGAUUCUAUAUGUUGAUGAAUUGCAAUUAGUACAUAUUGUAUUUGUGUGCAAUAAAAUCUAUAUUUAAAGGGUUACUGCAACCACCAUAACCACUUCAGUGAUUUAAAGUGGUCAUGGUGGAAAAAGUAUAUCUGUGCAGUGUUUCUACUUUAAACGCUGCACUUACAGUGUUAUUGGUACUCGUAUGCUGGGUGCUAGUUACACACCUGGGAAACACAGACUGAGGUGAAGGGUGGGGGAUGUGAGGGGCCGGGGUGACUAUAGGCUUCUUCAUAACUGGGAGUCACUAUGCAUUGGUGUUCCAAAUGUUCUGCUUGGCAAGGGAAUUUAAGUUAUUGUUUUUAUAUCGUUUUAUUCAUGUCUAUAAAAUAAGAGGCUCAACAACCCGAUUCAAAUGUGCCCACUAUGCUAUUCCUGCCACUUUGAACAAAUAAAGAAUAAAAAAAAAAAAAAAUAAUCCGUGUGCAAAGCACACCGGCAAAGGUUGUAUUAAGCUUUCCUUUGCAGUCAGUCCCUGCAAGAGGAAGUGUUUUUCUCUCUUCUCUUCCUCCCUUAGUUGUGCCCUACCUGCUUCAAAAUAAAAUAAUUUUUUUUUUUUUUUUUAUGAAUUCUCCAUCCCAGUCUCCCUCGCCACCCCCUUUCUCCCUCUUCUCGACAGAUCAGAUUGCAUACAUGUACUCUGAUACUGCGAAAUGGUUCAAUCACCAUGAAAAUCCUGUGACUGGACCUUGCAAGGUUCUGGUUGACGUCAGGAAGGGGAGUGGAAGGUUGGAGCUUUGCCCAGCGCUGGAUAUUUUUUGCAGGUUUAAACUCAAUGGAGGGGGAUCCGACUGAGUUAAAAGUGCUUAUUAGGGCAUUUUAAAUAGGAAAAGGUUGCCUUGCAAGAAGUGGAUGGAGUGCUGGAGUUGAUGUUGCUUCUUUUAGAAUGGUUUCACAUCUUACCUAUGGUAUGCCAGAUGUGUUUAUCUGUCUCGGUUACUCCAUCUCUGUUUCCCUGAAGCUUUAUGCCCGGCAGUGCAAGGCUUAGCUCAUUGGCUGAGAGUGGUCAACUGAUGCCCACAGCCAGUAAGCUAGCCCUACAGAGCAGAGCUCAGCUCAGGAGAGCUAAUGGCAGAAGCUUUUGACUCUCAGAGGAAGGUGAGGAGUAGCUCCUGGCAGAGCCCAGGUAAGAAGUCAAACCAUCCUAAAAUGGAGACAGAGGAUUAGAAAUAAGAUAAAGAAUGCUGCAGAACAUUUAUUUUACAUUUUUACAAAACAUAUACAAAAAUGCAGCAAAAUAUUUUAGCUGCAAGGAACUGAUAAAAUGUGAGGACUGCAGUGAUAAACGUGAUUUGCCUAACUUUACAUACAUCUUAGGCCUCCUAGCACAGUUCACCAUAUAGUACUGUUUUUUGGGGGGUUUUUUUUGUAUGUGAUUAUUUUUUAUUGAGUUUGUACAAUUUUAAUUUGAAGUGCAGUCAUUGUAGUGCUUUAAAUGAAAGCAGUACUUGUUUUCCCCUGGAUCUCUCUGUUGUCUUUCACACUGCCCAUUACCGGUUACCUCUCUCCAUGUUAUAUCCAUUAGGUAUCAAAGAUGCAGCUUGUGUGGCUCACUUCAUAUUUCUCAAAUCAGGGGAGUGUUGGCAUCUAUUUUGCUGGGCACAAAGUACAGAUUAAUGGCCUUUCUUUCUGCAUGAAACUCUCAGCUUUCAUAGAGAAUGAUCCUCCUCACAUGACACAUGCAGUACAUGAGCUUGACAGAUGGAGGCUGCUGGAGUUGUGAAUUGUGAUGUCAUAUAUUGCUGCUGCUUCCAUCAGUAUGACCUGUUCAGCAUGACAGAGGAUUCACGGAGAUCUGUGAUGGGUGCCUUGAGUGCAGUCUCAUCUCAUCCCAAGGCUACUUGCAAACACCUCCACACGAUAAAUACUUAUCAAUAAUCGCACAUCCUCAUUGGCUCCAGAUUCUACCAUCCACUUGGAAACACUUCAUAUUUAUAGGAUUGGAUUUAUCUGCAGUUUUUUCAGUCUAUAUUCCUACAGCGCUUCCAAAAUGUGGAUAUAUCUCUUUAUUUCUUUCUGGGCACAGAGAAGAGGCUUUAACAAUUUUGUAAUGCCAAAACUUGACACCCAAUACAAGUGUUAAUGUGUUUAGGUAUUUAAUCAUGCACCUUUCUGAAUAAGCUCAGCAGACUGCCUUCCAACAUGUAUUAAUGUUAUGUGAAAAAUGAUAAAUUAUAACUCCGUUUAAUCUAUAUUAUCUGAUUUUAUAGACUGUUGGAGAUGCAAUUUCUGACAUGUUGGUAAUUGAAGCUAUCCUAAGUCUCAAAGGUUUGACUGUGCAAAAAUGGGAUGAAAUAUAUACUGACCUUCCAAAUCGCCAGCUUAAAGUGAAGGUUAGUGAAAUAUCUGCCAAACACUUCAAUAGUACACGUCUAGUCACAAUUCAGAUUUUUAAAUGACCGAAUUCUAUUAAACCAUUAAUGCAGUUAAUGUUUGAAUUUACAGUGAUAAAUAAUUUGGUCGCUGAUCAUUAUACUGUCUUUUCCCCAAAACCGACAUUGGAAUAAUCCCAAAAGUAAAACCAUAAUUUGUGAAACCUACUGCAAUUAAACAGAAAGCUUAAUAUGUGCAAAUAUAAGAUCGGUGAAUCAAAAUGUUAUAACCAAGAAAGAAGUAUAUGUUAAAGUUUCCAUGUAAAAGAAUGAUGUCUAAGCAUGAAAGAAGGAAAAUAUUUGGGCCAAUCGCUCUUCUGCAGAGCAACCAUAAAAAAAUCUGUCCUAGGGCGCACAUGAUAAUUUGAUUCUAACCAAUCACUGAUGAAACAUUGUGCUUCACAUUACACAUGUGGACUUUUCAUGGCAUAGGGCACGAAUUAGGUCAUCACUACUUGAUCUGACAUAUUUUUCAAGGACUGUGGAGUUGGUACACACAAGAUUUGGCUCUGACUCCCGACUCCUCAAUUUUUCCCUUUGGCUCAUUUUAUAUAUAAUAAUAAUAAUAAAAAAAUCUUUAUGGGAUGUAGGGAUGUGUACAUGCUAAAAUAGGAUAAAUUAUGUAUAUUUUGUAGAUAGUAGCAACUAUAAAGGCAACAAAAAUGAAUAAGAAUGCAACACUUGUGUGCAAAUAUAUAACAAGGCAUCAGUUAGUAACAUAUUAAGUUUAUAUAAAGUAUAGUAUGCUACAUCUAUAUAGCAUCUGUAUUUGUGCUGGAGUUGAGAGUGAGAGAAAAGAAAUAUCUGGAGCUGUUAGUAGUUGGCAGACGUAGCCUGUAGAGCUGCAGGCAAAAAGAAAUCUACAAGGUUAAAAAUAAAACAAAUUAGACGGUAAAAUAAGAAAUUAAAUAUAGAUGCCUUAGGUAACUGGUCCAUCAGUUAAAAGCUACCUAAACUUAUAUAACCUCUCACAUUUUUGGGGUCCACAUGAAGUCGGAAUGGGUUCCUUUUUUACUGACUCCAGUAACUUUAAAUUGCUUUCUAGUCCACAGCCCUGCAUUUCUCUCUUCUGUUAGUAGAUUACUGAAUUUGUUGCUUUGAUCACUUUUUAAGGCAUAUCUAUUCUGCUUGAGAAUAAUGAUGCACUUAAACUGUUUUAUUGCAGUGAUUGGCUUACCCUUUUGUUUCUGUACUAUCCUUCCUUCUUAAAGUAUGUGAAAAACUGGCGUGGUAUCUUCUGUCAACUUUUUUCAUUUACAAAUGAGAAAAUCAUUAAGAAUUUGUAUGUUUUUUUUGUUUUUUUUGCUCUUUUUUUUUCUCUUGUGCCUUCUAGGUCGCAGAUAGAAAGGUAAUUGAAACUACUGAUGCAGAGAGGCGUACUGUGAGACCACCAGGGUUACAAGAGAAGAUUGACAACCUUGUUAAUAAGUACAAUUUGUCAAGAGCAUUUGUGAGACCUUCAGGAACAGAGGAUGUAGUCCGUGUAUAUGCCGAAGCAGACACCCAGGUGAGCAUUUACACAACAUAAUUCAACAUUGGGUUGCAUGAUGUGAUAGUAAUCUAUGCAUUAAAGGGACGAGCUUUGAGUCUUUUUUUUUUCCGUAUUAUAUAGUAAUGGAAGUUAUAAAAAUACAAGAGUGCACGGGAGACAACUAUUUAAAUAAAAUAUAUAUGGGAGUGGUAUUAAAAUUAAUCAUGCACUGGUGUUGCUAUGUUUUUGUUGCUGGCUCCAUACCCAGGGCCUGCGCAUCCUAUAGGCUCUGAAACGCGCGUUGAGUUAGACUUUUUUUAAUCAGGUUAGGUUUAAUGUAUGUAUGUAUGUAUGUAUGUGUGUGUGUCUUUAUGAGUCAGUGUGUAUGUGUGUAUGCAUGGGUGUGUAUAUGUAUAAGUCUGUGUGUAUCCGUCUGCAUGGAUCAGUGUGAGCGUGUGUGUGUAUAGGUCAGUGUAUGCAAGUCUGCAUGAGUGGGUGGAACGAAUGGGGCGGCAAAAAUUAUUUCGCCUACGGCGAAACAAAUCCUUGCACUGGCCCUGUCCAUACAUGUACUAAGAAAACUUCCAGUAGAACUAUAUUAAUACUGUUUUCACUUUAUAGGACAAUGCAGAUGCUCUGGCUCACGAAGUGAGUUUAGCAGUGUUUCACCUUGCAGGAGGCGUCGGAGAUGUUCCAAAGCCUUUAAGAUGAGGAAUAACCGCUGCAGUGUAUAACCUAUUUUUAGGAUCUUCUUUCUCAGAGACUCUUUCUACAAAAACAAAUAUAGUAGAAGUUUUUUUUCUCUUUAACUGGAAUAAUGUUGCUCUUGAGAUUUUGGGUAAAAAAAUAAAAAUAUAGACCUCAUUUAUUACAAAAUGUAGUCAUUAUAAAUAUUUAAUAAAAUAACAUUUCAAAUUAUUGGUGAAAAUCCCUUUAAGGGAAAUGUGCUUGGUGAGUUCACAAGUGAAAUGCAAUAGGCUGUGUAAAUGUCAAAUACAUGGGUUAGUCAGUGAACAUUGUCAUAUUACAUGUGCCAGAAUAUUAGUUAAACUGUAUAAAUCUGACUUGAUCUUUCAUUUUUAUAGAUUUGUUUUUUCAUGCAAUGCUUCUGUACUGUACAGUGAUGCAUAGUAUAAAAACAAUCAGAAAAAAAAAUGCAAAGUCAAACACUAUAUGAUAGUCACUCUGUUCUUACUCCAGUAAAUAUGGCACUUGGAUACAAUAUAAUUUAAUAUUCCAAUGCAGGAGUGCCAUAUCAAGGGUCCAUACUAAUGAUUCUACUAGCAGCCCUGAUGUCCUCCCCAUGUACCAUAUAAAAUUGCUGGUGAAUUUUAGAUACUGUGGCAGGACUCUUGACAAUAAACUUCAAAUACAAGCCUCAGAAUAAAUUAGUAUUGCUGUUUAUUUGCACUUUCCACAGGGUGGAAUGCUGUGCUUCACGGAAAUAAAUAAAACAAAAAGAAAAUAAAUCCUACUCCAACUUGGAGACUUACUAAACAAUAGUAUUCCUAACUAUCCACCUGGGCAGCUAAUCCAGUUCCCAGUUUUAAACAGUUUAACCCCUUAAGGACGGCGUGCGUGCUAUGCCGUACUUGGGGACCGGGCUCUAAACGUCGGCGGGUGGCAAGGUACGUCCCCGCCGUCCGUGGGACUUACCGGCUCGCUGGCGAUCACGAUGAGGGGACUUGCCUGGCAUCUCAGGCAGUCCCCCUGCGUCUGAUCCGGCCAUCCUGGGCCAUGUGAUUGCGAGGACCUCGCGAUCACAUGGACGGAAUAGCCGUCAAUAGUGCUGCCAGCAGGGGGAGUGCCUAGAAUGACAGGUAGUCCCCCUGCUGCCUGAAAUAAAGUUCAAUAAAGGUUAAAAACAGUGUAAAAUAAAAUAUAUACUUAGAUUGAGUGUAUUUUAAUAAUAAAUAUAUAUAUAUAGUAUCAAAAUACACGUAGAAUAUUAAUUAAAUAUAUAAUAUAAAAGUGUUAAAAAUGAAUCAAAAUAAUUGUGUAAUUUCGUUCUACGUGUAUUUUGAUAUAGAUAUCAAAAUACACUUAAAAUGAAAUAUGUAUCUAUAUACAUAAAUAUAUAUCAAAUGUAUCAGAUUGCGUACAUGUACUCUGAUACUGCGAAAUGGUUCAAUCACAUGCUUCUCUAUGAAAAUCCUGUGACUGGACCCUGCAAGGUUCUGGUUGACGUCAAAUUAUAUAUUAAUUCUACGUAUAUAUUUAUGUAAUUUUUUGCAUAAUUAGGUCAUUUUAUUAAAUAAAAUUUGCGGGACCUGCCUAACAACCCAGGAAGAAAGUCCAGGGAAUUUAAUUUGCUAGCACUAUAUUUAACCCUGUAAAUUUCCAAAACACCAUAAAACCUGUACAUGGUGGGUACUGUUUUACUCGGGAGAAUUCGCUGAACACAAAUAUUAGUGUUUCAAAACAGUAAAAUGUAUUACAACGAUAUCUUCAAUAAAAAUGAAUUUUGUUUUUUACACACAAAUGGCACUUACACUGACAAUAUUGUUGUGAUACGUUUUUAUGUUUUUGAAACGAUAUUUGUGUUCAGUGAAGUCUCCUGAGUAUAACGUACAGGUUUUAUGUUUUCAAAAGUUAGAGAGUCAAAUAUAAGGCUUCUGUUUUGUUUUUUUCCCAUUGAAAUUCGCCAGAUUGGUUAUGUUGCCUUUGAGACCAUAUGGUAGCCUAGGAAUGAGAAUUACCCCCAUGAUGGCAUACCAUUUGCAAAAGUAGACAACCCAAGGUAUUGCAAGUGUGGUAUGUCCAGUCUUUUUUUUAGUAGCCACUCAAUCACAAACAUCUGUGAUGAAAUGCCUUAGCAUAAAUAACUCAAAUGUGCAAUAGUAACAAGUAAUUGCCUCAUCAGUUAAAGUGGCUCUAUUACAUCAAACAACAUAUCCCAUAUUGAUUCUUCUUUUCUUCCUGUCUUUCAAUCUGUUCUUCUUAGCACUUCUAUUUAUCUUAAAAUACAUAAGCUUAAGUAGAGACUACUUUGCCUUACGCAUUUUACUCCACUUAACAAAUGGUGUAGCUUAAGGCAAAUUCCAAAUAAGAAAAGAAAUUACUAUAGAAGACUGAAAGAGUAGAGGGUAAAUUACCAUUCCUCUAAAAGUCCCCCCGGUAUAUCCACAGCAAUGGGAACGACUGACAGGGCCAGAAGAAAUAAAUUAAAAUACUUAGUAUAUCUUAAUUUAUGUUUAAGUAAAAUUUAAUAAAUAGUGAAACACAAAUUCAAACGUGCUGGUGAUAUUUAAAAAGAAAAGACUUGAUGCAGCUUAUAUGAAAUCUCCUGAUAUAUCGAAGUCGCUGUUAUUCAAUAGUAAUAAAGGAAUUAACUUGUACAGUCAAAAUAUUUUGGUCAAAGAAGUCGUCAGUUGGAGGACAUUUUGUUGAGACUUAAAUGACUAAUAGUAAACAGCACUCUAUCUAAGUAUUAGGAGAUUCUAAAUGCAAAGCAAAGAAAACAGGAGAAGAAAACCUGAAUAUGUUUAGCUCAUAGUUAAUAGUUGCUUAUAAAAGGUAUAUAUGUAUAUGAAUGCUCCAGUAUAGACACCUAUGGUAUACCCAAUAUAUAGUGACAAUGUAUAUGUGCCUCAAUACUAAAGCAUACAAUAAACCCAAAUUGAAAACCUAAAGCCACAGGUCCUCAAAAUAUAUUGCUCAAAGGCAACUUGAAGGCAGGCUAAAAGCUUAAUAUAUUGUCUUGAUUGGUUCAAAUCUAUUUAACUCUCAGGUGGAACAUAGAUCUGAAGAGAAACAGCAAUUAAAUUUGUUCCUCGGAAGGCAUAAAAAGUAGUAAUAAAUACAAAAAAUAAUAAUGUAACUGCCAAACCCAGAAAGGUUGUCUAGAUGGAUAUUAAGAGCAAUAAUUCCCAAAUUCCAUCAGUCUACCUAUAUUAAUACUGAACACACCUGAGCUAUCUUAGAAAAUGUAAAUCCUUAUCUAAGAGGCUGCUGCUAGCGGUUACAUUAAUCCUGAAGCUAAGCAAAUCUUCUAAAGUAAUUUACUGCAUAGUAGAAGAAACGAAGGCUACAUCAAACCUAACCUGAUAAAAAAAACAAAAAAAAAACGUCUAACUCGACGCGCACUUCGGCACACUAAGGCGCCUUAGUGCGCCGAAACGCGCGUCGAGUUAGACUUUUUUUUUUUUUAAUCAGGUUAGGUUUAAUGCAGCCUUCGUUUCUUCCACUAUGCAGUUUUGCUAGGCACUUCGGAUGCAGAGUGUGAAGAAAACCCCUGUUUUAUGGACUUAGUUUGACUAUUUUAUUCUCCCCCCCCCCUCCUUAGAACACCAGCUAAAAACCCUUAUUAACUGUCAUAUUUUCAAACUCUGUCUGACCCUGUUUAACUGUCAUUUUGUUUUCCUCUGUGUUUUGCUGCAUGAGUGCUGUUGCUUUUGUGUGCUCAUUAAACAGACCUGAUUGAUCCUUUCUUGAAGCCUUGGCUCAUGCUUGGGGGAUGGGAUAAGUCUGCAGUGCUGAUGGUGUCGGUUGGAGUGCUUGGAGUCCUUGGCAAGCACUAGGAGCAUCGAUUGGCGGAGGUACUCGGUCGGAAUGCCAGCGGGUCCGUCACACCAAACAAACCUAAUUUCAUUAUAUGAAGAAGUUAGUAGAAAUAUAGAUUGGUUGUUGCAGUGGAUGCAAUCAGCUUAGAUUUUGCUAAGGCAUUUGAUAUGGUUCCACACAAAAAGUUACUUUUAAAACCGUUAAAAUGUCACGUAGAACUAAAAAAAUUUAAAAUAAAAUCUUAUUUUCUCCCAUUUUUUUUUUUUAUAUUUUAUUCAUAUUAAAUUAAGUUCCAUAGCUAAAUAUUUGAUGUUAAAUGAAAGCCCUGUUUCCCCUGAAUAAACUGAUAUAUAAUAAGUGUGGGUGCACAUAAUAUGCCAGGUUUUGUUUACAUUUUGAUCACAACUUGUACAUUUGGCUCAGUCCUUAAGGGGUUAAAGAAAGAAUGCAAAGCGUAAAAGUAAAUAAACAUUUUUAAAUUGACAAAAGUGGUAAGUGGAGUACUUCAGGGUUCUCUCUUGGGUCCACUUCUCUUGAAUCCCUUUAUAAAUCUUGAAAUGAAUUAUGAAAUCCAUGUCAGUAUUUGCAAUGACACAAAACUAGGUAAGAUAAUACACUAUUAACAUGAUAGAACUGCUCUACGGAGGGAUUUGGAUAAAUUGGGUGACUGGGUAGGUAAAUGGCAGAUAAGAUUGAAUACAGAUAAUUGCAAAGUCAAUUUUGGAAAAGGGAACCCAUUAAGCCACUUAUAUAUUAAAUGUAAAGAAAUGUAAAUGACAUAACUGUAUGCAAUGCAGUCUGCCAUUGCAAAAGCUAGUAAGGUGCUUUGGUGUGUAAAUAGGGAUAUUGAUUAAUGUGAUCAAAAUAUAGGACACCACCUUGAAUAUGCAGUGUAAUUUUGCACGCUAGUUUUAAAGAAAGCUAUUGCAAAACUAGAAAACGUGCAGAUAUGAGCUACAAAAUGAAUAAGGGGGUGGUGGAACAGGCAUGAAAAAAGGCUGAAAAACAAUUUGUUUUCUUUAGAGAAAAUGUGUCUAAGAGGAUCUGACAGCACUAUACAAAUAUAUACAGAGGCAGUACAAACUGCCAUGUGCUAACCUGUUCAUUAGCAGGAAUAUACAAAAAGUUAGGUUAUCCAUUGAGACUGGAAGAAAGGAGUUUUCACUUACAGCAGAGGAAAAAGUUAUUUGCAGUAAGAACCAGAAAAUAUAUUGAAUCCCCUACUCGAAGAGGUUGUCUAGGAGAAAUCAUAUUGCCAUUAUGGAGUCAAGUAGGAACUUUACCAUUUUUUGUGGCAUAAUUGACCAUCACUUUAAUUUGUUUUGUUUUUCUCUUUUAGAUCAUCAGUUAAAGAUGUGUUUGAAAGAUUGAACCUGAUGGAUUGGAGUUUUUUUUUCAAUUUAGAUAAAUACAUAACAGGUAAAAAUAGCACAAUUAAAAUAGGCUAGUUUAAUAUAGAGAACUAUACGUGUGAGUGACAUUCAGCCAUUCUUGAAUCUACUGAGAGAAAUAUACACGUAAACCACGUAUGCACUAGGUUCUAGUAUACUGGGUCUAAAACAUAAAUAUGCACAAGGCAGAAAAUAAUGUGAAUUGUCAGAUAAAGGGAGCAGAAAUAUUACUCCAUUAACUUAUGCAUUUGAUAAAAAAAUAGUUUUGACCUCAUGAUAAUGAAAUUUCAGCGAGGAGGUAAAAUAAAGCUAAACCCUCACAGGGUUACUCACCGAGGUAAUAAUUAUUUGUAAUUUAAGGUAAAUUUAAAAUUCAAGGCCAAAAUAGCAGAACUGUUAACAUUUUAGCUACUGCAGCCUUAAAUUUGAUAUUCACUUUGAAUUCCUACUCACUUUAGUAAAGAACUUUGUAAGGGUUUAGCAUUAUUUUACCUCUUUUCUGAGAUGUCUAUAUCAGGUUUAAUACAAUUGGGUUACAAAUGAAUGUAUGACUUAAUGGUGAAGCACUUCUGCUCCCUUUGUCUGACAACUUGCACUAUUUUCUACCCGGAGUAUAAUUUAUGUUCAGUAUGUUAAGUUCACUAGAACCCAGUAGAUCUAUGUUUUACUUAUAUUUUUUUUUACUUUAUUGAAUAACCCUGUCACAUACUUAUAAAAUUACUCUAACACUUGUCUCAGAGACAUGUUUCUCCUAUGCCUUUACUUGAAAUAGGAAAACUCAGGGUAAGAAGCAGUAAUAGAGGCAGAAGAACUGCUGCAGGACUUGCACUGUAUACAAAUAGUGAUAGAAAAGUGACAGUGCAACUUGCUUACACUGGAACUUCCUCAUAUACUCCAUACAUCAUCGUCUCCUCAAAGAGAGCGUUUAUUCCUUUCCUUGGGCGCUGUUUAGUGAUUAUUCUAGGCAAGAGAGGCCUUAACUUUCCCUGACUGGGCCUGAUCAAAAAAGGAGUCUGAAAAAACAAACAAAAAAAAACCCUAAAUAAUUAAAUUGUGGCCUACUAAAUCAGACUUCCUCCUAACUGCUGUGAUUGCUUGAUAGGGUGUGGGCAAUACUGGUUACACUAAUUUCCUUUUAACUUUGCUAAAAUGGGAGGAGUUAUCCAUUAGUUAAUGCUGCAUAGUUUGAGAAACAAUAUUUUUUUAUUGAUUUCUGAUAGUUUUAUAAAAAGAAAUGGUGCAGUCUGUUGAAACAUGUUUUAUGAAUGUUUGAUGAACGGAAAUAAAGCUCCAAUGGAUCUUAUAUUUUAAAAUUGGGUAGAAAAAUUGCUGAGCCAGUGGCUGAUUUGAUUAUGUGGUUAUUCACCCUUGUGAGUAUUCCCUUCCUUGGUAUGAGCAUUUCACACAGAUACAACUUUUCUUGACAUCAAUCUAUGUAGCAGAUAAAAUUGUUCUCUGAUAUUCAUUCUAAGAUUGUUAUUAACAAUAAGGUGAAAGAUGGUCAAAUAAUUAAAGGCUGACAAAAAGGGGGAAAGAAAUCAACUCUAUUUUCCUUUUUCAGAUUAACAGCUGACAACAACAUGGGACAGAUAAUUUAAGCUUCACAUUCAUUAAGAGACAUUUAAGCAUUAUUUAUGAUACAUCCAGAGUUCUUGUUUUAUUUACAGAUAAAAAUACUUAAAUUAAAUACAGUCAAUCCAGAUGUAAAAUAUGUCUGUUACAGUACAAAGUAGAAAAAAAAUCCCUAUACAACUGAUCGGUAUAUGUGUUAAAUAAGGAGUGAAUAGUGGCAUUAUCCCUUUAAGUUGGUCAACUUUUUAAAACCCCUUCAAGGAAAUCUCUUUCCAGCAUUUCUUCAAUUUUCUGCCGUGCUUUGCUGGAAAACACUUUCUGAUUCUCCAAUUUGAUGUCCUUGUUAGGUAAUGAGUUUGGGUAUAAUAUUGGGCUUCCCACAUCCCCAACACAUCUACUGGUGACCUUGCUGUUGAAGACGUGACUCAGUACAUUAAAAAAAGGCAGGAGUUGCUCCAUGCUACGAAUGGUUGGGAUGGUAAGCAAGAGAUGUCCUGGGUCCCAGUCUAGAGUUUUACACGAAGUGUCCUCUUCUGGGUUUUUCUAUAUUAAGAAAAGAUACAAAUGCCACACUAUUUAUUAUGCAAGAUUAUUGCUGGAAAUAUAUGUAUAAAGAACUAAUAGUAUACAAGAAAAUUGCAUAUUAUUAGUUAUUUAUACAUAUAUUUCCAGCACACAGUGAAGCUUGACAUUUGGUUUUGUAUAAGACUGCAGCUUUCUGGUUUUCUUUUUAAAAUUCUUUAUUUUGGUUGUGCAUAUAGGAAAGCGUACAAACAAGCUUACUAUGCCACAGCAGCAUGAGCAAGCACAACAAUUCACGUUUGAAGCAUUAAGGGACAUACUAGCAUCAUGCACAUUUUUAUAUUUAUAUGAGAUAAGUGAUAGUCAGUGCAAACAUUAAAAAACUAAACUAUGCUUGGUGCUCUGACAGGUUUAUACCAAGACAAUAAUGCAAAAUAAACAACAGUAGCUGUACAUCUUAGCUAGAAAGGUUUCCCUGGACCUGUCAUGAGGGAAGGGAGAGAACAAAAAAUGAGGCGUCUGACAGAAGACUAGCAGACUUUGUUAGACUGAGAGACAAUAGGAGGAAGGGCAGAGCUUUCUGGUUUGUGUUUCUGAAAUAUCACUGAAGCAGAAAUGCUUAAUGGUGUCUUACUGUCCCUCUAAAAGAUGCAGGGGACACAUUAGCACAAAAUGGAGCAAAAAAACACAAACGUUUCUCUGCAUUGUUUGGAGCAAAAGAAGGUUAAGUAGGGCUUUAUACAGUGUAUUUUUGUUUGUAUUCCUCAGCCAUUGAAGUAAGGAGUUAUUCUGGAAAACACAUUUAAAAAGAUUACUAUAGUCACCAUAAUCCAUAAAUCUCAUUGAAGUGGUUAUGUCGCCAGCUCCAUUUCCGAACGGUUUAACACUUAUGAUUUAGCACUGAAUGUUUCCACACUUGCCUGAGCAGCAAUGGGAGGCAGUAAUUGAUCAGUGCUGCCUAUCGCUGGUAUGGGUUUGUAUGGCUAAUGUUAUACUGUGCCAUAGCUCAAGUGAGGGUAGACUGCAGACACCUAAGGAUCCUCAGUGUUAAAACCAAUUGAAAAAACAAUGAACUUUGGGACAAGCCAGGGGACUCCAGGCACUAUAACACCACUUCAAGAAGAUGCACAGAUUUGUAUUGGUAAAUGGAUGCAGUUUAAUUUGACUUAGAAUUGUUUAUUUAGUAUGUUGUUUACUAUGCAUUUUUUUGGGUAUUUUUCACCCCAGAUCAAGUAUAAUAAAAUAAUAUCUUUAAUAAAACCAAAUUAUUUACCUUUGCUCUUUUCCUCAGUAAUUUUGCAAGUCGCACCACAUAUGGUUUGAAUUCCCUCUGAUGCGUGCCUUGCCUUCGAACCUCUAGGCCUGAAUCAUCAGAUGCUUCUGGGAUAAAUGCCCAGCGGUACCUUACAAUGAGAAAACCAUGCACUUUGAGAAGAUGAAAUUAUAUUUAAUAUUUUAAUUGUACUGCCGCAAACACUGUCCUAGGAUACCUUUUUUUAAGUCAGGUACUCUAUUAUGUUGAUUGACCAACUUUUGCACAUCCAGGAAUAUUGUUGACCGUAUGUUACAAUAUGUAUAUAUCCUUUUAACAAUAUACUGUAUUAUGCAACAGUGCUUGUAGGUCCACAUAGUUGAAUUCUCUCACCAUGGAGCAAGUUGGACAAAUCAGUUUAUUAUAAAAAGAUCACCAUCAGCAGCAGAAACAGAAAAUACAUAGCUCUUAGCUGCCUGACAGGUUUCAACAAAGAUUUAUUCCCAGCCUUACACUAAGAUGAGGUGCUGGAAUAUAUACAGGGUUAUUAACUAAAGUCCAAACAGCUAUAUUAUAUAUAAGGAAACUACAUGCUGCGGUAUGAAGCCAUUUGAACUGCAAUAUCAGGACACUAUUUAACAAUGGCCAGAUUUUGCAGAGCAGGCUCUAAACAUGCCCAAAUUUGGUCUGAAUUUCAGCAGGUAACCAGUGAGCAAAUACUGUCCCCACUAGUGAUGUCCUGAACGGUUCGCC